CCGUGGUUUCCUGAGCUGUCCUUGGUCAGAUGUUUGCAGCUGUUCCAUUCCGCUGUGCUCCUUUCGACGAUGACUUUGGCUGUUGGCGGGGACGACGUUUAGUGAGCAGCGGUGCGGAGCUGGUGCGGGGGAGGAAUCCCCGCGGCCGUGAUAGACCGUGAGAUCACCUGGGAGCUCUGUCUGCACCUGCGACUUCAGGCACAACCGCACGAGUGAGAGUUGGAUGCUGCAUGGCUCCACAGAGUGGAACCAACAAGCCGGGUGGAGGUUGUGGGGUGAGAAUGGCCAUGGGGGGACAAACCUCUGCUCAGGGCCUCAGUGUCCUGGUCCUCAGUGUCCUGCUGGUCAUCCCAGGAGCAGUGGCUGAUGAACUGAGGCUGGUGGAUGGAGACAGCCUGUGUGAGGGGCGCGUGGAGGUGAAACAUGAUGGACAAUGGGGGACGGUGUGCGAUGAUUACUGGGACCUGGAUGAUGCGGCCGUGGUGUGCAGACAGCUGGGGUGCGGGACAGCCAUCAGUGCUCCUGGUCUGGCCCAUUACGGACGGGGGUGUGGGCGUGUUUGGCUGGCUAAUCUGUCCUGUCGGGGGACAGAGGCAGCUCUCUGGAACUGCAGUUACUUACAAUGGAAUCAGUAUGAUUACUGUACCCACGCUGAGGAUGCCGGAGUGCGGUGCUCAGGACACAGGGGCCCCCGGCUGGUCGGGGGUCCCCAGCUGUGCACAGGAAGAGUGGAAGUGAUCCAUGGAGACACAUGGGGCUCGGUCUGCGACUCCCACUUCCCUCUGGAGGCCGCGGCCGUCCUGUGCCGGCAGCUGCAGUGCGGGGUGGCUGUCUCCGUCCUAGGGGGAGCCCACUUUGGAGAGGGCCAAGGGCCAGUCUGGGAUGAAGACUUCCGAUGUGUGGGGAACGAGUCCUUCCUGCAUGACUGCUCCAGAGAGUCCCGCCCCGAGGGGACAUGCGAUCACAGCAGGGACGUCGGAGUAGUCUGCUCAAGGUUCACAGGGUUCAGGCUGGAGAACGGCAGCUCCCACUGUGAGGGCAGAGUGACGCUCCAAAUGGACGGGACCUGGGGAAGCCUCUGUGCUGCCCGCUGGGACCUGGCAGAUGCCAACGUCUUGUGCCACCAGCUCGACUGUGGAGUUGCCGUGUCAGCCCCCGGAGGGGCGGAGUUUGGGAGUGGAAAUGGCCUCAUGUGGAAGGAAAUGUUUCACUGCUCAGGGUCGGAGACCAGUCUAAGGGAUUGUCCUGUGACCGUCCUGGGGGCCUCUCCCUGUUCUGAUGGAAAUGUGGCCACGGUGAUCUGCUCAGGAAAGGGGACCCUCCCGUCGCCGUCUCCGCAGUGCAACGUGGACACGUGGGAACCGGCCGGGCCCGGGGGCCCGCAGGGGGGCGCUGCAGAGUGCACAGGGGCUCCACAGCUCCGCCUGGCGGACGGCGGCGGGCGCUGCGCCGGCCGCGUGGAGAUCUUCUACAACGGGACGUGGGGCACCGUGUGCGACGACGGGUGGGACGUGAGCGACGCCCAGGUGGUGUGCCGACAGCUGGGCUGCGGGGUCGCCGUGAGCGCCCCCGGGGCCGCCCGCUUCGGGCCGGGGGAGGGGCCUAUCUGGCUGGACGAGCUGCGCUGCUCCGGGAACGAGGCGCACCUGGGGCGGUGCCCGUCGAAGGGCUGGGGUCCCCACGACUGCAGGCACAAGGAGGACGUGGGAGCGAUCUGCUCAGAGUUCCUGGACCUCAGGCUGGUCAGCGACACCUGGGCCUGUGCCGGGAGGCUGGAGAUCUUCUACAACGGCACAUGGGGAGGUGUAUGCAGCAACUCCAUGCGGGAUGUCACCGUGGGUGUGAUUUGCCGGCAGCUGGGCUGUGGGGACAGCGGGAUAAUAAUGUCUCCUGGAACCUAUGGGAAAGGGUCCGGGCCUUGGUGGGUUGACAAGAUCGAAUGCCGACCCAGUGACCCCUCCCUCUGGGAGUGCUCAUCUGACCCCUGGAGUGAGAGCUCCUGCCCUCAGGAAGAGGAAGCCUCUAUCUCAUGUGCAGGGCAGAAAGCAAUCGAGUGCCCCGACUCUGCCCAGUGCUCCGAGCGGCACAAGGUCCGUGUGGUUGGGGGCGAGACCGAGUGUUCAGGACGCGUGGAGGUGUGGCACAACGGCAGCUGGGGCACUGUGUGUGACAACUCCUGGGACCUGAGGAGCGCAGAGGUGGUGUGCCGACAGCUGGACUGUGGCUCGGCCGUGGCUGCCCUUGGGGAGGCCAUAUAUGGUCAGGGCACUGGGCCCAUCUGGCUGGAUGACGUGACCUGCAGGGGCCAAGAAGCCUCGCUGUGGGACUGCCCCGCCAAGCCAAUGGGGCAGAGUGACUGCGGGCACAAAGAGGAUGCGGCGGUGAAGUGCUCUGGUCGGAAACUGCUGUCCCGAGGGGAGGCUGAGGACCGUGGGACAGGAACAGGUGACCCAUUGCUGACCCCCGAGGACCAAGGUCAUGACGAUGCUAAACUCCAGAAUGUUCCUGUGAGGGCCGCUGAGCCCAGAGACGACCUGUGUGAGGGGCAUGUGGAGGUGAAACAUAGACAGUGGGGGACAGUGUCCGAUGAUGACUGGGACAUGGACGAUGCGGCCAUGGUGUGCAGGCAGCUGGGGUGCAGGACGGCAGUCAGUGCCCCUGGUCUGGCCCACUACGGCCUGGGAUCUGAGCAUGUUUGGCUGUACAGUCUGUCCUGUGGGGGAACAGAGGCAGCUCUCUGGGACUGCAGACACCAUGGAUGGAAACAGGUUUAUGACUGUGAACAUGAUGAGGACACCGGAGUGCAGGGCUCUGGAGACAGGCUGCCCCGGCUGGUCUUGGGGCCCCGGCUGUGCGCAGGAACAGUGGAGGUGACCCAUGGUGACACAUGGGGCUCAGUCUGUGACUACCACUUUUACAGCUCAGGGUCGGAGACCAGUUUAAGGAACUGUCCUGUGACCGUCUUGGGGGGGGCGCCUCCCUGUUCCCAUGGAAACGAAGCCAUGGUGAUCUGCUCAGGAAAGGGGACCCUCCCGUCGUCGCCCCUGCAGUGCAACGUGUCCACGUGGGAGCCGGCCGGGCCCGGGGGCCCGCAGGGGGGCGCUGCAGAGUGCACAGGGGCUCCACAGCUCCGCCUGGCGGAUGGAGGCAGGCCCUGCGCCGGCCGCGUGGGGAUCUUCUACGGCGGGACGUGGGGCACCGUGUGCGACGACGGGUAUAAGAAGGACCAUGUCUACACUGCCACCUAUCCCAGCUCCAUGGUGGAGACCUUUCCCAGGAUCCUGUGUGUCGUUUUGGGAGCCCUGCUAUUCCUUGUCCUGGCCAUCCUGGGGGCUCAGGUGCUGAAACGGAGAGCCCAGCGCCAAGUGGGGGUGCAAGCGGGCCUGGGGAGUGGCCCGAGAGGGGAAAAGAAUGGGGAAAGGUCAGACUUUGCCGCCCAAGGGGACACUGGGACGGGGACAGAUGACCGGUCGCUGCCCCCCAAGGACCCGGACACUGCAUGGCCCCAUGGUAUGGACGCAGACGGGCUGGGUGGAGGUUGCGUGGUUGGAAUGGCUGUCGGGGGACAACUCUCUGCUUGGGGCCUCAGUGUCCUGGUCUUCAGUGUCCUGCAGGUCGUCCCAGGGGCAGUGGCUGAGGAGCUGAGGCUGGCAAAUGGAGAGAGCCCAUGUGAGGGGCUUGUGGAGGUGAAACAUAAUGGAGAAUGGGGGACAGUGUGUGAUGAUGGCUGGGGCCCAGAGGAUGCGAACGUGGUGUGCAGGCAGCUGGGGUGUGGGACUGUGGUCAACAAUCCUGGUGUGGCCCAGUAUGGAAAGGCCUCUGGCCCCAUUUGGCUGGAUGAGGUGUCCUGCAAAGGAGGCGAAGAGGCUCUCUGGAACUGUGGACACAGUGAAUGGGGACAGAAUGAUUGCCAUCACAGUGAGGACGUUGUAAUGCAGUGCUCAGGACACAUGCGUUCCCGGCUAGUUGGGGGUCCCCAGCUGUGUGCAGGAAGAGUGGAAGUGAUACACGGAGAUAAGUGGGGCUCGGUCUGUGACUCCCACUUCCCUCUGGAGGCCGCUGCUGUCCUGUGCCGGGAGCUGCAGUGCGGGGUGGCUGUCUCCGUUCUUGGGGGAGCCCACUUCGGAGAGGGCCAGGGGCCAGUUUGGAAUGAAGACUUCCGGUGUGCAGGGCAUGAGUCCCUCCUGCUUCACUGCCCCAGAGGGCCCCUUCCGGAGAGGAUGUGCAACCACAGCAGGGACGUCGGAGUUGUCUGCUCAAGUUACACAGGGUUCAGGCUGGAGAACGGUAACUCCCACUGUGAGGGUAGAGUGGAGCUCCAGGUGCUCAGGUCCUGGGGAAGCCUCUGUGCCUCCCACUGGGACCUGGCAGAUGCCAACGUCCUGUGCCACCAGCUCGACUGUGGGGUUGCUCUGUCGACCCCCAGAGUGAUGAAAUUUGGGGAAGGAAAUGGCCCCGUGUGGGGAGAAAAGUUUCACUGCUCAGGGUCGGAGACCAGUCUGAGGGAUUGUCCUGUGACUGUCCUGGGGGCACCUCCCUGUUCUCAUGGAAAUGUGGCCACGGUGAUCUGUUCAGGAAACGGGACCCGUCCGUCGCCGUCCCCGCAGUGCAACGUGUCCACGUGGGAGCCGGCCGGGCCCGGGGGCCCACAGGGGGGCGCUGCAGAGUGCACAGGGGCUCCACAGCUCCGCCUGGCGGACGGCGGCGGGCGCUGCGCCGGCCGCGUGGAGAUCUUCUACAACGGGACGUGGGGCACCGUGUGCGACGACGGGUGGGACGUGAGCGACGCCCAGGUGGUGUGCCGACAGCUGGGCUGCGGGGUCGCCGUGAGCGCCCCCGGGGCCGCCCAUUUCGGGCCGGGGGCGGGGCCCGUCUGGCUGGACGAGCUGCGCUGCUCCGGGAACGAGGUGCACCUGGGGCGGUGCCCGUCGAAGGGCUGGGGCCGCCACGACUGCAGGCACAAGGAGGACGCGGGAGCGCUCUGCUCAGACUUCCUGGACCUCAGGCUGGUCGGUGACUCCUCCGACUGUGCUGGGCGGCUGGAGGUUUUCCACUGGGGGAAGUGGGGGAGUGUUUGCAGAACCUCCAUGCUGGAUGUCACCUUGGGCGUGAUCUGCCGGCAGCUUGGCUGUGGCGACCAUGGGACUCUAAAACCUCCUGGCACUUAUGGGGUGGCAUCUGGGCCCUGGUGGGUCAACCACAUCAAAUGCCGACCUAGUGACCUUUCCCUCUGGGAGUGCCCAUCUGCCCCCUGGAACGAGAUGUCCUGCUCCCAGAGAGAGGAAGCCCAGAUCACAUGUGCAGGGCAGAAAGCAAUCCAGUGUCCAGAAUCUGUCCCGUGCUCUGACCAGCACAAGGUACGUGUGGUAGGGGGUGAGACCAAGUGCUCAGGGCGUGUGGAGGUGUGGCACAAUGGCACCUGGGGCACGGUGUGCGACGACUCCUGGGACCUGAGGAACGCUGAGGUCGUAUGCUGACAGCUGGGCUGUGGCUCGGCCGUGGCCGCCCUAGGGGAGGCCGCGUAUGGUCCGGGCACCGGGCCCAUCUGGCUAGAUGAGGUGGCGUGCAGGGGCCAAGAGGCCUCCCUGUGGGACUGUCCCACGGGACCGAGGAGGCAAGGUGACUGCGGACACAAGGAGGACGCGGCGGUGAAGUGUUCUGGAGCCAUAGUGACCAAGGCCACGUCACCUCCCACCCCAGAGCGAGGUUCCCAAGAAGAGCCAGACUUUGAGUACGACAACGCGGAGGACCCUGGGCACGGUGACAUCCCCUACACACUAGGGGACACUGGUCAGGGGCCGAUUCAGCCCCCAGACACAGACCUCUUCCCGCCAGAGCAUCCAGUCGACAGCUACGAUAACGUCAGUGUUCCUGACCCUGAACUGAGCGAUGUGGAUGCCCUGGAAACCCCAGUGGGGGAGCCUGGGGGUGGGGUCCCCCUGACAGACGCUGUGUGGCCUAGUGGUGUGGUCGCAGACGGGCUGGGUGGAGUUUGUGGCGUUGGGAUGGCUGUGGGGAGACGACCCUCGCCUCAGGGACUUGUUUUCCUGGUCCUCUGUGUUUUUGUGACCACUCCGGGGGCAGUGGCUGAUGACCUGAGGCUGAUGAAUGGAGAGAGCCCAUGUGAGGGGCGCGUGGAGGUGGAACAUGACGGACAGUGGGGGACGGUGUGUGAUGAUGGCUGGGAUAUGAAAGAUGCGGCCGUAGUGUGUAGACAGAUGGGAUGUGGGACUGCAGUCAGUGCCCCCCGUCUGGCCCAAUAUGGAAGGGGAUCUGGGGACAUUUUGCUGGAUGAGAUGUCCUGCGGUGGUGAUGAGGACGUUCUCUGGAACUGCAAUCAUGACGGAUGGGGAAAGAGUGAUUGCAGUCACACCGAGGAUGCCGGAGUCCGGUGUUCAGGCCACAGACGUCCCCGGCUGGUAGGGCAGAACCAGCUGUGCGCAGGAAGAGUAGAAGUGACCCAUGGAGACACAUGGGGCUCAGUCUGUGACUCCCACUUCCCUCUGGAGGCCGCUGCUGUCCUGUGCCAGGAGCUGCGGUGCGGGGUAGCUGUCUCCGUCCUAGGGGGAGCCCAGUUUGGAGAGGGCGAAGGGCCGGUCUGGGACGAAGACUUCCGGUGUCUAGGGAACGAGUCCAUUCUAUUCCACUGCCCUAGAGGGUCGCGUCCAAAGGGGACAUGUGACCACAGCAGGAACGUCGGAGUCAUCUGCUCAAGGUUCACAGGGUUCAGGCUGGAGAACGGCAGCUCCUGCUGUGAGGGCAGAGUGGAGCUCCAGGUGGUUGGAUCCUGGGGAAGCCUCUGUGCAGCUGGUUGGGACCUAAUAAAUGCCAACGUCCUGUGCCACCAGCUCAGCUGUGGGGUUGCCCUGUCAACCCCCAGAGGGGCGGAAUUCGGCAAAGGAACUGACAUCAUGUGGAGGGAGACGUUUCAUUGCUCGGGGUUGGAGACCAGUCUGAGGGAUUGUCCUGUGACCGUCUUGGGGAUUCCUCUCUGUUCCCGUGAAAAUGUCGCCUCGGUUAUCUGCUCAGGGAACGGGACCCGCCCGUCGUCGCCGCCGCAGUGCAACGUGUCCACGUGGGAGCCGGCCGGGCCCGGGGCCCCGCAGGGGGGCGCUGCAGAGUGCACAGGGGCUCCACAGCUCCGCCUGGCGGACGGCGGCGGGCCCUGCGGCGGCCGCGUGGAGAUCUUCUACAACGGGACGUGGGGCACUGUGUGCGACGACGGGUGGGACGUGAGCGACGCCCAGGUGGUGUGCCGACAGCUGGGCUGCGGGAUCGCCGUGAGCGCCCCCGGGGCCGCCCAUUUCGGGCCGGGGGCGGGGCCCGUCUGGCUGGACGAGCUGCGCUGCUCCGGGAACGAGUCGCACCUGGGACGGUGCCCGUCGGGGGGCUGGGGCCGCCACGACUGCAGGCACAAGGAGGACGCGGGAGCGCUCUGCUCAGUGUUCCCCGGCCUCAGGCUGGUCAACGACACUUGGGCCUGUGCUGGGCGGCUGGAGGUUUUCCACAAUGGGACAUGGGGGAGCGUUUGCAGCAACUCCAUGCAGGAUGUCACCGUGAACCUGAUCUGCCGGCAACUGGGCUGUGGGGACAGCGGGACUCUAGAGUCUCCUGGUACUUAUGGAGAGGCGUCCGGGCCCUGGUGGGUGGACCAAGUCCUGUGCCACACCCAUGACCCCUCUCUCUGGGAGUGCUCAUCUGAUUCCUGGAACGAGAAGUCCUGUUCCCCGGGAGAUGAAGCCCAGGUCACAUGUGAAGGAAGGAGCAAAAAUUGUCCAGGCUCCGGUCCCUGUAGAGAGAAGGACAAGAUCCGCGUGGUUGGGGGUGAGACCAACUGCUCGGGGCGUGUGGAGGUGUGGCACAACGGCACCUGGGGCACGGUGUGUGACGACUCCUGGGACCUGACGAAUGCAGAGGUGGUGUGCCGGCAGCUGGGCUGUGGCUCGGCCAUGGCUGCCCUUGGGGAGGCCGUGUAUGGUCCGGGCGGCGGGCCCAUCUGGCUGGAUGAGGUGGCGUGCAGGGGCCAAGAGACCUCGCUGUGGGACUGCCCCGCGGGGCCGAGAGGGCAAGGUGACUGCGGACACAAGGAGGAUGCAGCGGUGAAUUGCUCUGGAACCACAGGGACCACUGCCACAUAUACCACCACCCCAGCCCCUCCACUCUCAAGUUUGAGUACCAGAACCCACACGGUGGACACCUUUCCCAGGAUCCUGUGCAUCGUACUAGGAGCCCUGCUCUUCCUCGUCCUGGCCAUCCUAGGGGCUCAGGUGAUGCAGCAGAGAGCCCAGCGCCAAGCUGUCACCGAACACCAGGAUAUUCUCUCUGAGGCCGUGUACCAGGAGCUCGAAUAUGCACUGAUGGGGGAGAAGGACGGGCUGAGCUUCCGAGGCUCUGGAUCCUGGGGCUCUGGGGCUCAGCCACCGUAUUACAAUGUGGACAGCGAGGAGGAGGAGGAGAGAGCCAGAGAGCGAGGUUCUCGUGGGGAGAAGGACUGGGAGUACGACAACGUGGAGGACCCCGGCCGCAGUGACAUCCCCCCCACACCGAGGAGCAGCGGUCGGGACCUGCCCUGGCCCUCAGACCCAGACACCAUGCCACCUGAGGCUCCGGCUGAUGGCUACGAUGAUGCUGAAAUUCCCAACCCUGCGCUAGGUGAUGAGGCUGUUCCGGACCUCCCGGGAGGGGCGCUCGGGGCCAGGGGCUCCCAGUCAGGUCAGAAUGUGCCAUCCCUUGGGGGGUCCGACCACCCUAGGACAGAAGCAGGUGACCUGUCAUCGUCCUCCAAAGACCCGGGUUAUGACGAUGCCGAACUCUGUCCAGAAUGUCCUGGGGAGAGCAACUGAGCCCGGAGACCAGCUCCUGUGAUUCUGACCCUGAUUGCCCUCUUUCCCCCGUCCUCAUCUGUCCCUCCCCACUCCAAGUGCAGGAGCCCCAACUGGUGUGGGGCCGUAUUCUCGCUGGUUCCAGGGAACUGCCUGGCCUGGAGCCACGCAGGCACUCCUUUGCCUGCUGUGUUGGUCGUUGUCGAUUAAAUCUGUUGUGCUGCUUUCCCAG